GCCCCUUCGCAUAGGUUAAGCUUGCUGCGCGCGGUGCAUGCUGGUUUCCUCGGCGGGAGCUCUUCGAUCAUGGCGAGCGAUUUCUAUUUGCGCUACUACGUUGGGCACAAGGGCAAGUUUGGCCAUGAGUUUCUCGAAUUCGAGUUCCGUCCGGACGGUAAACUGAGAUAUGCAAAUAACAGUAAUUACAAAAAUGAUGUCAUGAUCAGAAAAGAAGCCUAUGUACAUAAAAGUGUGAUGGAAGAAUUAAAGAGGAUCAUUGAUGACAGUGAAAUUACAAAAGAAGAUGAUGCAUUGUGGCCUCCACCAGACAGAGUUGGUCGGCAGGAGCUUGAAAUUGUGAUUGGGGAUGAACAUAUCUCUUUUACAACAUCAAAAAUUGGUUCUCUUAUUGAUGUGAAUCAGUCCAAGGAUCCAGAAGGUCUAAGAGUGUUUUAUUAUCUUGUCCAGGAUCUCAAGUGUCUAGUCUUCAGUCUCAUUGGAUUACAUUUCAAGAUUAAACCAAUUUAAAUUGUGUGGAUCUAAAUUUGUAUAGUAAAGUUUUUUGGGGUGGGAUUCUUUUCAUUCCGUAUCUUGCAUAAUGUUUAUAUUUGUCUGUUUUUAUACAGAAUGAUUUAAUAAAAACUAAGACUUUUUUUCUUUUUAUUUAGAAAGUCUUUGUUGAACAAGAUUUAUAUUUAUAUUAGGAAUGGGCUGUUUUCAUGUUCCUUAUGUUUGCAUGAACUUGAGGGAGUUGACGAAAGAGUCAACACUUCCAUCUAGAUAUGUACAUAAUUAUACUUUUAGCCUCUCUGUUGUGAACUUUUAAGUAACUAGUAUGUUCAAGAACUGUACGUGUCCAUGGAUUUUCACUUUUUUUGAAAUACAGUGGAAGAAAGCAGAGUUUCCAUAAGUCAAAACAAGUGAUUAAGGAAGAUAUUUGCAUAUCUUAAGGAACAGGUGCAACUAUACAGACCAGUAUCUUAUGGUGAUAGACAUUAUUGGGUUGUAUUUUUAAUGCAACAAAUUCUUACUAGGAAUAAGAAUUAGAUAAUUAUUUUGUAUUAAGUAGUUAAAAAUAAGAUAAAUAAAAUAGCAGUGGUGCUGCUAUCAUUUAUUGUGUUUCUCCUAAAACACGACCCACCCCAAAAAGAAGGCCCAGCACUAUUUUGUGCGCAUGCAUUAAAAUUAAGCCCUACCCCCAAAAUGUGGCCGUAUUUAAGCAUAUGCGUGGCCAGGCUUGCCGGAGGGGGCGAUAGCAGACUUUUUCGGGUGGACAGCUACUGGUAGCUGGAGUGACCAUUACAAAUAGGCAAGGGUGUGUGAGACAUGUGGGUCGCAUCUCUCGCUCUUCGGCUGCAAAAGAAGCGGCCCGGUGGCCAGGCAAGGCGCAUUGGAUGAGUGGGUCGCUCUUUUUGGCUGCGAAAGAAGCGGCCCAGUGGCCAAGCCAGGCGCGUAGGGGAAAAAUUAAGACACCCCUUGAAAAGAAGGCCUAGCCAUUUUUUCGAGGGUCAAAAGAAAAUAAGACCCGGUCGUAUUUUUGAAAAAAACACAGUAUUAGAAGGCCAGUAAUCUGCAGCAAUUUACUGAGACAUCAUGGUUCCACAUUCAUCCUAGUUUGUGGGCUUAGUUCAAUACAUUUAUUAGAACUAUUUACCGAAUUAUCAAUAACUUAGCAUCACCCCAACUUUUUGAGUUAAUUCCCAAAAUUUUUUUUUUGUCUAACAACCUUAUAUUUGAAUAAGGUAUUCUGUGAAAUAGCAAGUUUCCUAUUGAAUCAAAUAAGUACUUGGUCCAUUUAUUUUAUCAAGUUUUGUCUUCAUAUGGUACCUAAAAAAGAAAGGAGUAGAUAGGCUUUUUUGUUUUUAGCAAUGAUAGGUUGUAGCAUAUCACAUAAAACUGGGGAAUGGUGAUGGGAGACCACUAAAAUCAGUGUGUGCCACAUCUGUAUGAUAUAUGCACACACACUGUGCUACUAGUGUUUGGUUUCAAUUUGAUUUUGUAUAUUUUAAUAAAAUCAAGUACUUGUAAAAUAA